GGAGGAGGGAGGUUAGGAGGAGGCAUGAGGUUGGGGGAGGAUCUGAGGCGUCAGACUUUCACAUCACUUCCUGGAGGCUGUGAGGAGAUCUGGAGGCUCUGUGCUCAGUGUUGGGGUGUGUGGAAGACAGGAGGACAAUUUCUCAUUUGGGACAUCGUCUUCUGCUGGGAUGGGUCCUGGAGAGGAUGAAGUCUUGGAGGGAGAGGAGCUGAGUGAUGAGGAGAUGUCUCGGGACUGGACACCACAGGAAAAGGCUCUACACGAAGCAAAAAUGAAGGCCAAGGCCAAGCAUCGCAUCCGCAGGACAUCAUCGCGUGACUCUACCCGGGAGUCCGAGAGCACUGACUGUCCAGUGGAGCCCAUCAGUCCUCGAGAGAAAGGUCACGACAGAAAAUCCCGGAUGGGGAAAGGACGAGGACUCCCCAAGAAAGGAGGCGCUGGUGGAAAAGGCGUCUGGGGAGCUCCAGGGCAGGUCUACACUUAUCAGGAACCUGAUGCUCGAGACCCAAAUUAUGAUGAAGCUGCUCAGGGGGCCACAGUAUAUCAGAAGGUGAUCCCGGAGCUGGAUGAGGCCGGGCUACAGAAGACGGUGCAGCCCAUGGUGCAGGAAUACUUUGAGCAUGGAGACACCGAGGAGGUUCUGGCUCUUCUGCGGGAGCUGAAUUUGGGAACUCAGAAGCCUGGGGUUCCCCGUCUUGCUGUGUCUCUGUCCCUGGAAGGAAAAGCUAGUCACCGCGAGCUGACGUCUCGUCUCCUGUGUGAUCUGUGCAAACUCUUGUCUGAAAAGGACAUGACGCAGGCCUUCGACCGACUGCUGACGGAGCUCGCUGACCUGAUCUUGGACACCCCUGAGGCUCCACAGAUGCUGGGCCAGUUUAUUGCUCGUGCAGUGGCGGAUCACGCUUUGCCAUUAGAUUUCCUGGAUCAUUACAAGGGACGAGUUGACUGUGAGCAUGCGCGGGCAGCGCUGGACCGUGCCGCAGUAUUAUUAAGAAUCAAGAGGGAAAUUAUCCGACUGGACAAUGUAUGGGGUGUUGGUGGGGGCCAGAGACCUGUUAAACAUCUUAUUAAGGAGAUGAACCUUAUCCUACAGGAGUUCUUAGUCUCAGGACAAGUAUCUGAGGCAGAGCGAUGUCUGAGGGAGUUGGAGGUGCCUCAUUUCCACCAUGAGCUUGUCUAUGAGGCUGUGGUUCUGGUGUUGGAAAGCUCUGCUGAAGGCCACGUCCUGAUGGUGGUGAAAUUGCUGAAAGCUUUAUGGGAAAGUGGUCUGAUCACGCUUGACCAGAUGAACCGGGGCUUCCAGCGUGUGUACUCGGAGCUGCCAGACCUCACUCUGGAUGUCCCGCUGGCCCACAACGUCAUGGAAAAGUUAGUGGAGCUGUGUUAUCAGGAGGGGGUGAUUACCAAACAGCUACGGGACGAGUGUCCCUCUAGGGGCCGGAAACGCUUUGUGAGUGAGGGCGAUGGUGGGCUUAUCAAAGAGUGACUCCAGCCUGUACCAACCGAUGCUUUCCAGGAUCUGAGGGUCUCUUGGGAACAUGUCAUGACGAUCAGUUAUUCCGAAAUAAAGAGUGGAGAACUGAGACGCGCA